AUGACUGCCUCAGACGCCGAAGAUGCCUCUCCCUCGCCCGAGUACCGGAGCGAUUUGGACGACGACAUGGCUGCUGAACAGAAUGCUGACCGCCAGUCUGGCGGCACCUCGCCUGUCCAGAAGCCCGCAAACAACAAGUCCAAUGCCAAAGAUCCGCUGAGACCCCGGCGCAAGAAGGCGCGGAGGGCGUGUUUUGCCUGCGACGAGAGACCCUGCAAUCGCUGUAUCAAGCGUGGCCUCCAAGAUCACUGCAUGGAUGGUGUCCGCAAAAAGGCAAAGUAUCUCCAUGAUGCACCAGACGGUGCUCUCAUGCCCGGAGUAGGCGGCCAUUACCCAUAUAUGAAUGGAAAUCGUCCUACUCCCAUUCCUACCCAGGACACUCAGACGGUCGCCGUCUCACCCCCAGCCAACAUGUACCCUCAGGGCCAACGAGGCACUUUCUAUCCAUCCAAUUCAAUACCACCCCAACUACCCGUCACACAAGACGCACGAGGCUUCAGCAACCAGCAGUCGCCAAUAUCUCCCUCUUUUAACCAGACGACGGCACAGAGUGAUCCGAGCACAAUACCUCAAGCUCAACCAGACCAGCUGCAGCAGUUUGGGCCCUUGUUCGAUCCAAGCGAUCCAGCCCUGUUCAACUUUGACAUUUCGAGCCUCAACUUUGGGAACCACUAUGGCGCGCUAGAGUUUGGCAUGCUCGGCCACAUGUCGUCAGGCGCGGUAGAAACCCCACAUGACAAUGGCAUGAUGAACGCCAUCAACGGUCCUGUCAACAUGUACAACCAACCCUUAUCCUCCGGUUACGGAGAUCGAAAUAAUUCUGGCGUAAUGGCAUUCGGCCCGAAUGGCCUACCAUCGGGCGAAUGGCAGGAAUCGCAUUCGCGACAGGGUAGCAUGCACGCUCAGACAAAUGCUUCUAUUGGCUCGAAUCAUGACCAUAGUCAUCGGAGCGACAGCCUCAAUGGACCUCACGCAUUCGCCAUUGGACAAGGACCUGGCACUCACUCAUCCGCAAGCCCGGCGUCCACGGAUGCAUCUACCUUUGAAGGUGACAAUCCACUGGCGGCUGCAGCCUUCUUUGCCAAUCCGCAUCGGCCGCAUGCACAACGUUCGCCUUUGGUAAACCGAUCGCAGCAGGAAAACAAGCAUCCAAAUUCCGCACUACAUUCAUUACAUGCCAAUGGCAUCCGCAAACGCCAGCGAGAUACCAAAAGCAUCUAUCAGGGCAUCACCAAGCCCUAUGACUAUGUCAAGGGCUAUCAUAGGCUCUACCAGUUGAUUGACAAGAAAUACUCUCGGCAAUGGGUUGCCAAAGCCCAGCAAUACUUGCAGAAUUAUCGGCCGGUGCUACUCCAAGUCCGGGAGGAGCUGAACAGAGAUGAUUUGAUUCACCAAGAAAUGGGUCUUCAGCGCCAUCUUAUGACACUCCAAGAACACUUUGCAGAAGUCGGCACACCGUUCUUAAUCUGCAGGCGCUCGGGUGAGAUUGUCGGCAUCAACAAGGAAUUCACCAUACUCACCGGCUGGAAGCGCGAAGUCCUCCUCGGUCAAGAACCAAACCUCAACGUCAACACUGGCAUCAACCGCGACUCAAACGAAAGCGACACGUCGACGCAAAACACGACACCCAACCUUGCAGCCCAAGACAGCGAGACCGCUACGCCCAGUGUCAACAUCAUCGAGCUCAUGGACGCACGAUCAGCCCUCGAGUUCCUGCAACACUUUUCCGAGCUCUGCUACCAGGACCCUCGCGGCUAUGCCUCCCAGCGCGUCAAUAUGCUGCGGUACCAGACCAAGGCAGACGUAGACCGCCUACAGGAAAUGAAGAGUGUGAAUGCGGGUGGUGACGCAAAACAUGAUCCACUAGUUAAAAUGGAAGGCGGCGCCGUGCAUCAGGGCGAGAGUGCCAUGCAGCGACUUGGAGCCAAGAAUGGCAUGGUGGACUGCAUGAUUUGGUGGCAUAUCAAGCGCGAUAUUUUUGAUAUGCCUGUGCUUGUUUGUAUGAGUGUUAUGCCUGUGCUAGAUAAAGGUCUGCAAUAA